AAGAACACCGAGCAAUCUAGCCGAAACGUUGUUGCCUUGGAUUAAAAAAAACAAAAAAAAAUCUAGCCGAAACUGUUUUUUUUUUUUUUUUACACAGAAGUCCCAAAGUUCGAAACCUAAUUCAUGCAUGGACUACAAUUGAAGACAGUUUUGAACAAUCUUCAGAUUCAAAGGUAGAAGAGUCGAUGGAAUCGUAAAGGUACAAUCUUUCGAAAAAAUAUUUAAGGUACAGUACAACUGCGGCUCUAAAUGUAUAUGUAUAUAUAUUUAUAUAUGGGAAUAUGUUAUGAUACUUCAUUGUCUCAAUUGGAAUAAAAAAGAAUCGCCUUUGUGUUCCUUGUUCGAAUAAUAAUGGGCUUCUUUCCGGAUGAUGUGUUGGUUGAGAUACUGUGUCGAUUGCCGGAAAAGCCUCUGAUUAGGUUCAAAUGUGUAUGCAAAUCAUGGGAUUAUCUGAUCUCUGCGUUUUGCUUGCCCAGAGUGUCUCUUCCUCUCUGUGGCCUUUUCUUCCGUACUUAUGCUCUCCCACCUCAUAUGCCCCUUAUAACCAGACACGCGAGCAAGCCAUCACGGGAUGCGUUUUAUAGUAAUUUGAGGCGCUUUGACAACGAAGAGCUCAUUGAUUAUGUUUCUGUAGAAGACAACUGUGGCAUUAGUGGUGGUGGUGGAGGAUUUGUUGAUUCUGAAUUUUUGGCUAACUUACCAUUCCAAACGACUAAUGCAAAUGACUUUCUUGAUAGUUGCAAUGGCUUGUUUUUGUUCUUCAAUUCCUUUGAUUUCCGGUACUAUGUGUGCAACCCUGUGAUGAAGCAAUAUGUGCCGAUUCCCAAAGCCCACUGCCACCAGCAGCAUCAUUGCUAUGCAGCAUUGGCUUUUAACCCCUCUGAGUCCCUUUGCUACAGAGUUGUACGCAUUGCCAGAUGCGAAAUGGAAAAUAAGCUUGUGUUGGACAUAUAUUGUUCUAAUACUGAACAAUGGGUUAGACACCGGGUACAAAUUGAUUCCUGCAUUAAUGGGCGCUCCUGGAUAAGGCAUGCUGUUUACUUUCACGGUGCACUGUACCAGUUAUCUUUGUCUAAGCACCUUUUCAGGUUUGAUCUCAAUGAAGUCGGUGUUCAUGCCGUUGAGCUCCCAUUGACAGAAAAUGCAAAUCGAAAUCGGAUUGGAUGUAUUGGGGUGUUGAUGGGCCGUCUAUGUUAUGCGAGGAAAACCCCCACCACGUUGUUCAUUUGGUCACUUGAAGGAGACUGUAAGGCUGUGGAAUGGGCUUUGAAGUAUAGGAUCAACAUGGCUAGUUUAAUAAAUGAUUUAGUGCUUUCUAAGGGGCUUUUUCGUUCUCGGUUUUUGUGGUUUCAACCCUUUGCUUUUCAUCCGACUUCUGAUGUCAUCUUCUUGAGCAUUCCACUUAGGAUCCUGAGUUAUGAUCUCAAAAGGCAAAGGUUAGAAGAGGUGUACAAACCAAGGCGUGGUGUAAUAGUAGAAGGGCAACAUUAUCCAGGCUUUACUUGUUUUCGUCUCCUGGUCUCCCUAAACCAUUUGGGAAAGAUCCAGUCUAGAUCAACUCAGCUAACAUCUAUUUCACAAGACAUGAAGAUUUUGAGUUUGGAAAUGCCACCUGAUGAAAAUACCCAAUGAAGGUGCAUGACAAAUGGAACCCCACAUGGUAGGAUGAUUGUCCUAUGAAUUUGGUGUAUGGGAUUUAUGUUAAAUUAUCCUUAGUUAAAAUGCGUAAGGUAGAACUAUGUUAUAUGAUGUGUGUGUUAAAUUAUGGUACUGAAUAAUUGUAAAACAUGUAAUGUUUAUCUUUCAUGACCUCAAUAAUUAUGUCUGGAACAUUAUAAUUAUUUUUGUUAUUUUCUCACGUCACUCCAUUCUAGCUUGUACCAGUAAUCUCUGGAGCUGUGUGGUUGAUUGUCUCUUGCAACAGUGAU